AGCCGGGGGCCGGGCUGGGGGCCAGGGUUGGGGCCGGGUUGGGGGCUAGGGUCGGGCCCCAACUCCGGCCUUCGCACCGAGCGCGCAUGCGCGCCCUCUCGCGCAGCGUCCGUUUAACGGCCGCGCCGCGGGCUGAGGUGGCGGUUCUGGGUCGUUUUCCUUUCGCUUCAGCAGGUUCCUCACUGGGUGAGGUGGCAUGAAGAGACGUGUCGUCUCCCUCUUCGCCUCCCUCUUCGCCCCGGGUGCCGGCCGUUCUCUGCCGUGGCGGUUGAAAGCAGUGCGGGACAGGUGUGUGUGGAGGGCAGUGCAAUGGCUGUCGCAGUAAAAGAUUGCCUGGAGCUCCAGCUGCUGGAAGUGGAAAUGCUCCUUUCAAUGUUUCCCAAAAAGGGUGAAAUAAAUCUGGAUGAGGAUGCUGUGCCCAGCGUGCAACGCUACCUGAGAAACAGUGAUGGACGUCUGCCCCCGCAGCUCGAAUAUUCAAUUGCUGUUGAUGUAGGGGAGCCAAAGGUAAAAGUGGAAUUGCAGGUACUGCUGCCUCAUAUGUAUCCUCAUGUAGCUCCUCAGCUUUUUGCAAGAUCAGAUGCGCUGCACAGACAGCAACAGUUGCAGCUCAACACUGAUCUGGCUUCUCACAUCAGCUCUUUGGAUUCAGGUGAAGUGUGUGUAUACGAAGCUGUGCAAUGGGUGAAAGACAACACCUUGCCUUACGUGGAAAACAGUAAGAUCUCUUCUGAAAGUGCUUCAAAAGAAGUUGUAGUUAAAGAAACACUGCAUCGCAUGUGGAUCUACAGCCACCAUAUAUACAGGCAGGAAUUGAGAAAAAAGAUUUUUGACUGUGCAAAGAAGUUAAAUCUGACUGGUUUCUGCCUAACAGGAAAACCCGGUGUCAUCUGUGUGGAAGGACUCAGAGAAAACUGUGAAGAGUUCUGGCGUGUUAUUAGGUAUCCCAACUGGAAGCAUAUUUCAUGCAAGCAUGUGGAGAACAUAGAAACAGAGAAGAGCAUUGAUACUCUUCGUCUCUUUUGUGCUUUUGAAGACCUACAGUUUCAGGCGCAUGGUGAUUAUGGCCUGAGGAAUGACUAUCACAUGGAUCUUGGACAGUUCCUAGAAUUCUUGAAACAACAUCAAAGUGGACAUAUUUUUCAGAUUUUAUUUGGUGUCGAAGGCAAACUUUCAGACAAGUAAGAGAAACUGUGUAAGGAGUUCUAGUUUUGGACAGCAAGAGGUAACACUAACAUUGAAAUACCGUGCCUUAUAGCUACUGUGGAAAGAGAAACUGUUUAACAUACGAGAAGAAUGGUUCAAGUAGUUGAGCUUCUGUUCUGAAUUGCCAUAUAUUUUUCAGAGGUGUUUACUUAUUUUCUGAGACCCUAAAACUGGCAUUUGUCACUGUGAGCCAUGCCUCAAAGUGCUUGCAAGGUGAUAAAAAUCCCACACUGUAGUAUCCUGAA